AUGGAGAACAUAUGGAGUCGCCGCCCCGGUUCGAGCAAGCUCUCCCUCUCUACUUCCGGCUCCGGUCAGGGCGACAGCCCCUCUGGACGCAACAACUCUUUCAGGCGAAUCGGCGGUGAUAGCUCUUCGCUCCAGAAAACCAACCCCUUCAGUUCCAUAACCACGCCGGGAGGCGGCUUGGCGUCACCUACAGGCGGCGCAUCGAAUGCCUUCGGCCUAGGAUCUGGCGCCUUUGCCUCUUUUGGUUCGGCGAAGACCCCUAAGGCGACUGGAAAUCCUUUCGAGUCGUCUUUGGGCGCUGCUGUCAAGACACCCGGUGCGGAGAAAUCUGCAAAGGAGGGUGGCUUGGCUGGCAAGUCUGUCGGCCGGGUGGCAUCCAACGCCUCCCUGCUUGACUCUGCCAGGACGUCAGGAGCGUCAGUCCACCGGCUGCGUGACAGCUGGGUGUUCUGGUUUCGCCCGCCCAUCUCCAAGGCGAACGGGUUUAUCGAGUAUGAGAACACUCUGCACCCAAUCGCCUCGGUUGAUACAGCCGAGAACUUCUUCGGCGUGUACGGGCACUUGAAGCGGCCGUCAACACUGCCGCUGGUAUCGGACUACCACCUCUUCAAGAAGGGAAUCCGGCCAAUAUGGGAGGACCAGGAGAACAAGGCGGGUGGCAAGUGGGUGGUGCGCCUCAAGAAGGGCGUUGCGGACCGCUAUUGGGAGGACCUGCUGUUUGCCAUUAUUGGCGACCAGUUCGGCGAGGCCAGUGAGGAGGUUUGCGGUAUUGUGGUGAGCAUCCGUAACGGGGAGGACAUCCUCAGCAUCUGGACUCGUUCGAGUGGACAGCGGGUCCUGAAGCUCCGCGAAACUAUGCGCCGAGUCCUGUCGAUGCCAAAUGACACCAAAAUCGAGUUCAAGAGCCACGACACCAGCAUCCAGCAGCGCACUGCUAUUGAAGAGUCCCGGCGGGAGAAGGCGGCGAACAAUCACCACGGUGACAAGCGCAACAACAAGCAGCAACAUUAUCAGCAGCAGUUGCAGCAGUCGAAUGACGAACAGCAGAAGAACUUAUAA